AUGAAGUUUUCAAACAAGGAUCUCUAUUCUUUGCUCUUCACUGAGCUCGCACCUAAACAGGCCCGCUGCAACACCUGUCAAAAGGUAUACAAGAGCGGUAAUAGCUGCACUAAUCAAGUCCACCACCUCCUGAAGCGUCAUCCUGACUACCAAGAGCUAGCUGUGGCUGCCUACCGCAAGAGCAACCGCUUUGGGCUCAUACUGUCAGACCAGCGGACUAGUGACGUGUUCCGCUGGAUUGAGUGGUGCGUCAUGAACCACAUGCCCGUGAAUUUCGGUGAGCGUCCUCUCGUUCACGACAUUGCUCUCAAGCUUCCUGAGAAGUUUGGGGUGGUGCUCGAUGGGUGGUCUAGUGGUGGUUACCACUUCAUCGCCAUCAUGGCGGUUUUUGAUGACCCAACGGUCUCGCAACCAAAGGAGCGGAAUCCUAACUACGACGAGAGCAUUUAG